CGGGCCCGCGGCGCUCCCGGCUUCUGCCCGCCCACGAGCGGGCUCACGAGCGUCCCCGCCGGCUGCCCCGGCAGUGCAGUCUCCCUUCGCCCGGGGUGCGGUCAUUUCCGGGGCUGCGCUCAGACCGUAAGGGCCUCGCCGCAAUGCAACGCGCCGCUGUCGCUGCCGUCGGAGGAGUCAUUGCUGUGGUGUCUGUGCCGGUGGUGCUGGGCACCAUGGGCUUCACCAGCGCUGGAAUAGCCGCCUCCUCCGUCGCUGCCAAGAUGAUGUCCGCAGCUGCCAUCUCCAAUGGGGGCGGAGUGGCAGCCGGCAGCCUGGUGGCUACUCUGCAGUCCGUGGGGGCAGCUGGACUCUCCACAUCAUCCAACAUCCUCCUGGCCUGUGUUGGGUCGACUUUUGGAGCCUUACUUGGAGGUUCAAAAAGAAACCCCCUUCUCCUCCCCCAGCUGGAUCGGAGGAUGCAGGGGACCAGCCAGAAAAAAAAGACUCCUAAGUUGAAAUUCCAAAACUCCAACUUAGGUCAGAGAAGCAUGAGAAAUAAAGAUCAUAUGCAAAUGUACCUCCCUGUGUUUGCUGCUUGUUGCCCUCGUUGGGUUUCUAGUUCUCUCCAUCCUCCCAACCUGCCUUGUCCUGGAGGGGUAGGCAGACGGGGCAGGCCGAUCAAACACGGAAUCAGCUGGCAGAAGGCUUCGGUUGGUCUUAAUCUUACAAGGGAUGGGCUGUAUAGCCCAGAGCAUUCUGCGACCUUUGGUGGGCCUCAGUUUACCCCUCAUGCAAUUGAGGUUCCUGUUGGGAGGCCAGGGUGAGGGGUAGCCAGGAUA